UAACUGCAUGUCUCUUUCUGCAGGGUUGACGGCUGGUCUCUCUCCUGCUCCAGUAACUGGAGGCACAAGGUCCUUCUUCAUCAGCUUCAACUUCAUUUCUCAGAAGGUCUGGGCUGAGUACCACUGCUACAGCCAUGGCACCAAAAAAGAACAAGACAACCAAAAAGAGCAAAGGAGACAUCAAUGAUAUCAUGGUUGAAAACAGUCCUAUUAGCAAGUUUAAUGGAUUAAACACUCUGAUAGAAGGAGGAAACGGCUUCAGCUGUAUCUCGACAGAAGUCACUGAUUCUGUGUACGCCCCAAACCUCCUGGAGGGCUUGAACAACAUGAGGCAGGAUAGUUUUCUCUGUGACCUAACAGUCACCACCAAAUCAACGUCGUACGAUGUCCACAAAGUCAUCAUGGCUUCUUGCAGUGAGUACAUUAGAAACAUCUUGAAAAAAGACCCAGCUCUUCAAAAGAUUGACCUGAACGACCUCUCGCCAGUCGGCCUUGCUACUGCAAUCACAUAUGCCUACUCGGGCAAGCUCACCUUAUCACUCUACAGCAUCGGCAGCACCAUCGCUGCAGCCAUGUUGCUCCAGAUUGGCACGCUAGUAAAAAUGUGCAGUGAUUUCCUCAUGCAGGAGCUCAGUGUGGAGAACUGCAUGUACGUGGCUAACAUCGCUGUUGCCUAUGACCUUAAAGAAACCAAGGAAGCGGCUCAGAAGUUCAUGCGGGAGAACUUUAUUGAGUUUUCAGAAAUGGAGCAGUUCCUGAAGCUCACAUAUGAGCAGAUCAACGAGUUCCUCUCAGAUGAUUCCUUGCAGCUGCCCUCUGAAGUUACAGCUUUCCAGAUUGCCAUGAAGUGGUUAGACUUUGAUGAGAAGAGGUUGAAGUAUGCAGCAGAUCUCUUGACUAACAUCCGCUUCGGCACGAUCACCCCACAAGAUCUUGUAAAUCACGUGCAGAACGUCCCAAGGAUGAUGCAAGACCCUGAGUGCCAUCGUCUCCUCGUUGAUGCCAUGAAUUACCACCUGCUGCCAUUUCAACAGAACAUCCUGCAGUCGCGCAGAACAAAAGUACGAGGUGGCCUCAAGGUGAUUCUCACAAUUGGUGGACGUCCCGCCUUGACAGAAAAGUCCCUCAGCAAAGAUGUUCUCUACAGAGACUUGGAUCAAGUUUGGAAUAAGUUGACAGAAAUGCCAGCAAAGAGCUUCAAUCAGUGUGUGGCAGUACUGGAUGGCUUCCUGUAUGUGGCAGGUGGUGAGGACCAGAACGAUGCAAGGAACCAGGCAAAGCAUGCGGUUAGCAACUUCUGCAGGUAUGACCCCCGCUUCAACAAUUGGAUUCAUUUGAGCAACAUGAUGCAAAGGCGCACCCACUUCAGCCUCAACACUUUCAACGGUCUCUUGUUCGCCAUUGGAGGCAGAAAUACAGAAGGAGUUCAGGCCUCUAUGGAGUGCUAUGUGCCCUCAUCCAACCAGUGGCAGAUGAAAGCUCCCAUGGAGGUGGCACGCUGUUGCCACGCCAGCUCUGUCAUCGAUGGCAAGAUUCUCGUAUCAGGAGGUUACAUCAACAAUGCGUACUCCAGAGCUGUGUGCGCUUAUGACCCUGCCACUGACACCUGGCAGGAUAAGAGCAGUCUGAGCACCCCUCGGGGCUGGCACUGUGCUGCCACCAUUGGAGAUCGAGCCUAUGUCAUUGGUGGCAGCCAGCUUGGAGGGCGGGGAGAGAGGGUGGACGUCCUUGUCGUUGAAUCCUACAAYCCACACAAUGGCCAAUGGAGCUACUGCGCACCUCUUCACACGGGAGUCAGCACAGCUGGCAUUUCCAUUUUGAACAACAAGCUCUAUCUCCUCGGAGGCUGGAACGAAGGCGAGAAGAAGUACAAGAAAUGCAUCCAGKUUUACAACCCUGACCUCAAUGAAUGGACUGAGGAUGACGAGCUGCCAGAAGCUACGGUUGGCAUUUCAUGCUGCGUUGUCACUAUACCUACAAGGAAAACACGAGAGUCCAGAGCCAGUUCAGUUUCAUCUGCACCUGUCAGUAUAUAAGGAUUCAGAUUACAGAAAAUAUCUAGUUCACAAAUUUAAAGGAUGGGG